UGUGUGUUCCUCUACACAUUCCUACUGAGUUGUGUGUAUAUUAUUUCCUCGCAGGGAGACCGCUAAAUCCUGGAUGUUGGGACUACAGUAUUUCCCUGCACCCUGGAAUUUUUGAAGGACACACCCACCUGUCUUUGCAUCAGAAUAUGCAGGAUGCUUCAGUCUCUUCUCAGCACGAAGCUCAAAUUGGGAAUGGAAUGGCAGAGUCUGCUCUCUCUAACAACAUGGAAGCAGGAGCAAAACCACCCCUCAUCCCCACAUGGACGUCUCCUCCUGGUGGCCCUGGCCUUAUUUUGCGCGCUGAUCUGCCCUGGCCAUGGGACUUUGUUUCGUGUCGGGGUGGUGGGACCCUGGAGCUGUGACCCGCUCUUCUCCAAGGCCCUGCCCACUGUCGCAGCACAGCUGGCUGUAAACCGCAUCAACAAGGACCCCUUGCUGUCCCACACUGACACCUUUGACUACACUGUGCUGCAUGAGCCGUGUGAGACCUCAAGAGGUCUGGAGGCAUUUGUGGCUUUCCACACCAAAGCCUCGGCUUAUGUCGGACCUAUCAACCCGGGCUACUGUGAUGCUGCCUCAAUGCUGAGCAAAGGCUGGAACAAAGCUCUGUUCUCAUGGAGCUGCAUCGGCUACGAAAUGGACGACACUCGCAGCCACCCGACCUUUGGCCGCUCCAUGCCGAGGCCCACGUGGGUGUUGGUGAGAAUCAUGCGGUACUUCCAGUGGGCUCACGUGGGGAUCAUCUCUUCCUCGGAUGACAUCUGGGUAGACACGGCGACCAAGGUGGCCGAUUCCCUCCGUGCUCAGGGUCUUUCUGUCAGACUGGUCAGUGUCAUGGAGAACACACCUCAUGGCAUCAGGAGAACUCUGGGCAAAGUUCGCAAGAUGAGAGAAAUACGAGUGGUGGUCCUCUGUAUGCACUCAGCGCUGAUAGGCGGCGAGCUUCAGAAGCUCCUCCUGGAGACGGCUCAUGACAUGCACAUGGUCGACGGCUCCCUGCUAUUCCUGCCCUAUGACACCAUCCUCUACAGCCUUCCAUACCGCAACGUCAGCUUCCCGGCGCUGAGGAGCAACCACAAACUGCUGAGGGCCUACGACGCCGUGCUCACCGUCACGAUUGACUCGCUCCAAGGGUCGUUUUUCGAGGCCUACAAAGAGGCCAUGGGGAACGGCGAAGUGGCGAAAACCCUAGAGCCCCAACAGGUGUCCCCUCUCUUUGGAACCAUCUACAGCUCCGUGGUUCUAGUGGCUCAUGCCGUGCAGCAAGUCGGACGUUCUAAGCAGUGGAUGUCUGGUGGAAAUGUGGCUCGUCGAGUGCAAAGCCACAGCUUUGAGGGCUUCAGCCAUCCCAUGAAGUUUGAUGGUUCUGGAAACGUUCUGUUGGAUUAUGUCCUACUGGACACAGAUGGACUGUCCUGGGAGUUGAAACCAACACACAGACUCAACAUGGAGGCCGACGUGGUGAACUUCCUCGGUCAAGACAUUCACUUUCCUCACGGGUAUGGACCCAGAAAGGACGACCCAUGCUGGUUCACGCCUGGUGUCAUCUGCUCAGAAGGCAUGGAUUUGUUCUCCACCAUUAGCGUUGCCCUUGCAGCCAUUGCUGCUGCUUUACUGACUGUGCUGCUGGUUUAUGUUAUCCGGCGACGCAUCAACCAGAUCUUAAUGGUCAAGGGUCCAAACAAGAUCCUACUGACUCUUGCGGAUGUCACGUUCAUCAACCCGUCUCUUAGCAACAAGAAGCUGAGCUUGGAGGACAGCCGGGCGAGUGGCAUGAAGAGUGUCUCAGAGCGAAGCCUCACCUCGCUCACCUCUGCCCGAUCCCCAGCCACUUACGAGAACUCCAACGUGGUCAUUUUUGAGGGGGACUGGGCGUGGCUGAAGAGGCUUCCAGAUGGAUCAUUCAGCAGCAUUAACCCCAAAACAAUCGACAUGUUUGAGCUGAUGAAGGACAUGCGACAUGAAAACGUCAACCCUUUCCUGGGCUUCUUCCACGAUUGCGGCGUGUUCGCCAUAGUAACCGAGUUCUGCUCCAGAGGCAGCCUGGAGGAUCUGCUACUGAAUGAUGACGUCAAGCUGGACUGGAUGUUCAAGUCUUCCUUGCUGCUGGAUUUGAUUAAGGGUAUGAAGUACCUGCACCACCGUAGUAUGUCCCACUCCCGUUUGAAGUCACGCAACUGCGUGGUGGACGGGCGUUUUGUGUUAAAGAUCACAGACUACGGCUACAAUGAUGUUCUGGAGGCUCAGAGGUUCCCCUACGAGGAAGCCCCUGUAGAUGAGCUGUUGUGGACGGCUCCAGAGAUUCUGAGGACUGUUCAGCCGGGCCUGCACGGAACUCUACCAGGCGACGUGUACAGCUUUGCUAUCAUCAUGCAGGAAGUGGUGAUCAGAGGGCCUCCCUUCUGCAUGCUGGAUCACUCGGCCGCAGAUGUGAUCGAGAAGCUGCGUAGACCGCCUCCUUUGUGUCGUCCGGUGGUCAGCUUGGACUGCGCUCCAUUGGAAUGCAUUCAGCUGAUGAAGCAGUGCUGGAAUGAACAGCCGGAAAAGAGGCCCAGGUUUGAGAAGAUCUUUGACCAGUUCAAGGACAUCAACAAGGGCAAGAAGACCAACAUCAUUGACUCCAUGCUGCGGAUGCUGGAGCAGUACUCGUCAAACCUGGAGGAGCUAAUCCGGGAGCGGACAGAGGAGCUGGAGAUUGAGAAGCAGAAGACGGAGAAGCUCCUGACGCAGAUGCUGCCUCCGUCCGUGGCAGAGGCGCUCAAGGUGGGCGGCACUGUGGUGCCGGAGUAUUUCGACAGCGUGUCCCUAUAUUUCAGUGACAUUGUAGGCUUCACUACCAUCUCAGCCAACAGCGAGCCCAUCGAGGUGGUGAACCUGCUCAACAGCCUCUACACGCUUUUUGACGCCAUCAUUGGCAACCACGAUGUCUAUAAGGUGGAGACGAUUGGUGAUGCCUACAUGGUGGCGUCAGGCGUCCCUGUUCCCAACGGUAACCGGCAUGUGGCGGAGAUAGCCAACAUGUCUUUGGACAUCCUGAGUGCUGUGGGAACCUUUAAAAUGAAGCACAUGCCAGAUGUUCCCGUCAGGAUACGCAUUGGACUGCACACAGGUCCAUGCGUAGCAGGUGUUGUGGGUCUCACCAUGCCUCGCUACUGUUUAUUCGGCGACACGGUGAACACUGCCUCUCGGAUGGAGUCCAGCGGCCUGCCCUACAGGAUCCACGUGCAUGAGAGCACGGUCAGAGUCCUGCACGAGCUCAAUCUAGGCUACAAGCUGGAGUUGCGGGGGAAGAUGGAGGUCAAGGGAAAAGGAACAGAGGAGACCUACUGGCUUGUCGGGAGGGACGGAUUCACCAAACCUCUUCCUGUACCUCCAGAACUUAAGUCAGGGCAAAUGGCCCACGGGCUGCAGAUGGCCGAGAUAGCGCAGUACAAGAAACGGCAAGCCGAGAAACAGCGGCAGGAACAACUUGCAAAGAAGAAAAACUGAGCCUGCUCCCCAAAGAGCCAAAAAACUUGAAGCAGGUGUUCCACAAGGCGGUGAGGAAGAUCUCCCAUGUCCGCGUGGUCAUGCAACUGUGCGAGGAUGAUGACAGCGUCAUGACGUUUCAUCACUGAUAAGACGUGUCGGGGGGACCUCAGGUUUGGACUUUUGGGGCAACGUAUGUCACCGCGAGACCCGCAGGAAGGCUGCUGGCGAAAGUUGGGAUUAGCCGGGUUAUGAAUAGAGACUAAUAAACAGCCACUCAGCAAAGACGGGAUGCCCUCAGUCAGCAGAUGAUGAACACAGAUUAUCCCCUAGUCCUUUUCCUUGUGUCUGGGAUGCAACAAGGUGUGUUUUUUUUAGUUUGGGGAUUUUAUUCCAAAAUACAAGCAGGAAAUGCUAAAAGCAGAAUAGCCAACAUUUCUUAAUUUCCCCCAAUUUAUUGGUAAUCUCUGCUGAUAAAUUGAGUAUGCUUACUGGUGUUAAAAAAUAGCACCCUCUUGUGGUGAAACAUUAAACCUUGGUCACAUGGUACAUGCUAAUCAA